CCUGCAAAACUCAUUGGAAAAACUCUCAGCUGCAAGCAAUGCCCCAUGGCAAAUCCCAUCAUAACAUGGCCAAUAGCCAUUACCAUCACGCACAUCGUGUAACAUCCUUGAGUUACAUAACAUAUGCAUGUGAUAGCAAUCACAAUCAGUUGCAAGAUUAACAUGAUAACGAGACAUAUUCAGAUGUGGUGACUGUUGGUUAAGUACACAUCAUUAGGCACAACGUCACAAAUCAAAGAAAUCACAUAAGUUGUCCAUCCCACUGCACCACAUCAGGCGUAUAUGCAUUAAGUAUAUAUGCAUCACCAACAUGUGGGUCUCAAGCCCACCGCUCAACCAAAACAAUGUCAACAGAGGUUGUCCAGCCAUAGUCUUGUAGCGUUCUCAAUGUUGUUUUCAACACUUUCUUAGAUCCUUCUAGGUACCCCAGGCUUUCCAUUUCUGAACAACAUGAUGAAAAGGUACUUCAACCAGUCCCUCAAACCAUAGCACUUUAAGUAUCACCAUUUAAGACUGUUUCCUCCACUCAACAUCCAGUUACAUCCUUUUAAUACUGAACCAUCUUUUAUGAUAUAAUCAUCUCUGAGCCAGCUUUUACAAGUUUCAAGAUGAAGGUCAGUCCAAAGUCCUGUGGGAAUAAUAAGAAGCUAUAUGAUGCAUAUUUCUAACUUUUGUCUUUGUAUGCAGUUCCUUGGUUGGAUGCACCGUAAGUUGAUGCAGAACAGCACUGAGCCAAUGAAGAAUUCCAAAACAGGAGCCCAUUCUGCAUGUUUAUCAGUGCAGACAUUGUUUGACGAUCAAAAUUACCAUGUAGAGCCUACCAGCAAUUUGCCACACUCAAACAUAAAUUCCCCAAAAUCUUCACACAGAUUUAAAGCCAACAUGGUAGAAGUGCUCUUCCAAGAAGAAUCAUUUGAGCCUUUUGACUUUCUUGCAAUUGGCACCUUCGGCAGGGAACUACUUAAUACAGACCCCCCAACACCAACACUUCCAAUGCCCAAUGAAGCAUUGACUGAUCAACAAGAGAUAACAGAAUAUGAUCUCCAGCUAAUAAAUUAUGAGUUAGAGAAGUUCCUUGAGGCUGAAGAGAAAGAGAUUGCCAAUGACAUAUCCGGGAGGGAUAGUGAAGCAAGCAUUAUAACCCUCAGCAGUAAGCCAAUUAUGGGAGCACAUCCUGAAGGCCACAUGUAUAUGGCAGCUUGUCCUCUACAGAAUUAUCUCUUCGCCACUUGCAUUGAACUGGCUGAGACAAAUAAAGAAGUGAAGAAAGAAAAGACAUCCCUUGAAGAGCUCUUUAAGAGGAACAAUAUAGUCCAUGAUGAUCCUAUAGGGAAAUGUGAAGGAGCAGAACAACCUAGGAAAAGAAAUGCAGCUCGGUUCCUGAAAAAGGUGUUGAAGAAGUUCCAUUCCUCAUCAAGCAGCUCAACAGUUUCUUUUAAGAAUGAUGCUGCUGUAUCCAUUUCAAUUAAAAAAAAGCUCUCCAAGGCUCUAAAAAUGUUCCAGAAGAAGGUUCACCCAGAAGAGAUGACUGAGAAACAGAUUGCUAAGCUGCAAAAGGGUUAUAAGAAAGAUUUUUCGGAUGAGGAUGGCCGUCAGAUAGGACACAAUGAAAAUAAGAUGGUUCAUCAGGCAGCCAGCAAGAAGAGUGAAAAGAACAUAAUGAAACUAUGUUCAAAUAGUACAUGCAAAGAUGCUUCAACAACCACUGGAGGGCAUUGGAUUAAGACGGAUUCUGAUUACUUGGUCUUGGAGCUGCAGGGGUAGCACCAGUAAAAGCAAACACGAGCAGCCUCAUCCUGUUCGAGUUUCAAGUUGGAGUCUGCUUAAGUAUGUAUGCUCAUGACUUUUAUUAAAUAGCAAAGUGUGAACUAAACAGGCUACACAAAUAAAAUAGGAGUGUAUCCUAUCCUGUGUGGUUUCAAGUGAAGGAAUACAGUGGAUUAUAAUGCAGUAUUGAGUCAUUUACGAGUGAAAU